AUGCGGGCGCCUCCGUCAUGGGAUAGAAUCUCAGAAGUACUCUCUAUUUGCACAUUUGCCAUGUUAGGAACAUUGGCUCGAGUAUCAUUCCAGGAUUUAACGGGGUACUCAGAUGCCUACAUAAACUAUCCUCGAGGAACAUCCAUUUGGAUUAACUUCACAGCAUGUUUCAUGAUUGCCUUCUUCAACAACGUCCCUGCCCUGUGGGACACUAUUCUGGAGGAUUCAGAUAAGAAAACCAUCAAAGAACUUCCUCUAUACCUCGGAUUAACUUCAGGGUUUUGUGGCUCCUUCUCAACAUUUAGUGGCGCAAUAGUGGAGAUCUUCUUUGCAACAAUUGGCAGACCGGCACCCAACAAUGGCUAUCGUGUUAUGGACUUCUUUGCCGCCUUAAUCAUCUCUUUUGCACUUCCCUCUUAUGGUUACGUGUUGGGUCUACACUUUGCAAAGCUCUCCAACCAUUACAUUCUCACAAACUCCACUCCCAUGUUCACCUACAAAAACUCAAUCAGAUUGCGUUUCUUAUUCAACGUUUUGGGAUUCGCAGCCUUCAUCGCUAAUAUAGUCCUAUCGGCAAAGUUAAAUGUUAAUUACUGGUACAAAUCAUCCUAUUCGUUAUCAUUGCUAAUUGCAAUACCAGGUGCUCUUACAAGGUAUUACUUGUCUUUGCUAAAUCCAAAGUUUCCGAAGUUCCCAAUAGGUACUUGGUUGGCCAAUAUCGUUGGAACAUUACUGGUAUCUGUUUUUGAACUAUUAUUAGGAGGUCUUAACAGAGAGGGUAAAUUGAUAAUCUCAAAUCAUGUCCAUAGAUUCGCCGUUAAUGCAUUUAUUUUGGGCUUUACAGGCGCUCUGUCGACAAUGUCAACUUUCAUUCAUGAAGUGCACAACCUAAAUAAACCUCACCUACAACACAUAUACUUCUGGGGGACUUUUGCACCAAGUCUUGCCAUCAUAAUUGUCAUUGUCGGGUCCUAUGCAUGGACUGAAGGUAUGCAAAUAUAA